AUGUCGUCCACCGCCUCUACCACCACGAAAAAUCCAGAUUCCUCUUUCGGUUAUAGCCAUGAAAGUUUUUCAAGAUUUCACAAUGAAUUCGAUCGGUCCCUCGUGAUAAAUGAAACUCAGUCCAACGUUAGCGGACCCAGCAAGGGUCUCGCAUUCUAUCUCCUUAAUCCAAAUGAACUUCGAACCGAUCACCCAAUCUGGCAUUACUUUUACUUGUGCACCUUGAUAUUUGCCGCUUUCGUCUCGCUAUUCAUUGGUCCUGUGAUUUUUGGUAUGCUGGCAGCUAUCGGCGGUGUUGGAACGCCGCUCGCUCUAAGUUUUGUCGGUGGCGGCAUAGGAUUGCUCCUUGGACUCGUAUUUGGAGUCGUCUUCUCGGUGGUUUGCAUUGUCGCUUUGGUUAAAGCUCUUGGAAUGGCUGCUGAAUGGGUUCUGGAUGCCCUUUGGUCUGGUGGCAGCGAUUUGAUGUUAAUUACCAAAGAGCAAAUUUUAUAUUUGAUUAACACUCAAGAAUAG